UUCUGACUGUCAGCCUCUAUCAACAGUGGGCGCACCAAUGGAGCCACACCAAAACCUCCGAGGCAACAUGGAACAACUGCGAGCGGACUGCCGAUUUCGCUCUUCCCCGUCGGUGUGGCGUAUCUCCGGGUAUAGCCGUUGACCUCAUAUGAACCACACCCCGCAUAGAGAUACCCAGUCUCAAACACCACGUCUUUGAAGCGCUCGAGCAGCCGUUGUCAGGAGUGCAACAAUCAAAUAACACCGAGAACCUACAAUCAUUGCUGUCUUGAACGAGCAUUGACCAGCCAUGCCCAACGUCUACCCCCACCCCGAACCUCAGUUCAUCCAGUUCCCCAGUCGGCGAUCUGUCGUACACAGCACAAAGGGCAUUGUGUCAUGUACGCAGCCUCUUGCAACUGCUGCUGGUAUUGAUGUCCUGAGGAAAGGUGGUAACGCCGCGGACGCUGCAGUAGCUGUGGCAGCAGCUAUCAAUGUCACCGAGCCUGGGUCCACCGGUAUUGGUGGCGACAUGUUCUGUCUCUACUACGAUGCCAAGACCAAGAAAGUGUCUGCCAUGAACGGAUCUGGUCGUUCUGGCUCGAAGGUUACACUUGAGCAGAUUAGAAAAGACCUCAAUAUCCCGGAUGGAGAGAAUGGCCAAAUCCCCAUGAACAGCGUCCAUGCGGCUACGGUGCCCGGCGCAGCGGCAGGCUGGGUUGACUGUCACGAGCGCUUUGGCAGCGGUAAGCUGAGUCUCGAGGAUAUUCUCGCCCCAGCUAUCGACCUCGCCGAGAACGGCUUUCCUGUUUCUGAACUGUCAGCUACAUUUUGGGCAGAGAGUGAGUCAGCACUCAGAAAAGCGUCACCAAAUGGACAUGAGAUGCUAAAGAAAGACUCUUCGGCGAAGGACGGCUGUCGAGCGCCCAAGGCGGGCGAGAUUAUGAAGAACCCAACCAUCGCCAACACGUUCAAGCUUCUUGCAAAGCGUGGCAAGAAAGGCUUCUACGAAGGUAAAGUCGCUGAGCAGCUCGUGAAGGUCGUAUCUGACCUUGGCGGCUACAUCACCCUGGACGACCUCAAGCACCACGCCGAGACUGGCUCCGAACAUGUUGACCCCAUUUCGCUGAAGUACACCGGGCAAGGUGUAGGCGAGUCGACAAACGGUGGCAUUGAGCUCUGGGAGCAUCCGCCAAAUGGCCAAGGAAUCGUUGCGCUAAUGGCGUUGGGCAUCAUUCAAGAGCUAGAGAAAGAGGGCAAGAUCUCGAAGUGGGGUGUCAAGGACCACAACACAACGCAGCACCUCCACGCUACAAUCGACGCCCUUCGCAUCGCCUUUGCAGACGCGCACUGGUUUGUCACGGAUCCGAAUGUCGUCAAGGUCCCGUCCGCGGAGCUCAUCUCACAAGAGUACCUCGCAGAGCGCGCAAAGUUGUUCAACCCCAAGAAGGCCGCCGAUGCCCCAGUACACGGCUCGCCCGCUCAUAUGCGCAGUGACACCGUCUACUUCUGCUGCACAGACAAGGAUGGCAAUGGAAUUUCAUUCAUCAAUAGCAACUACGGCGGCUUCGGCACAGCCAUCAUCCCCAAAGGCUGCGGUUUCACCCUGCAGAACCGCGGUGCUAAUUUCAAUCUCACCAAGGGCCACCCUAACGAGCUCGCACCGAGGAAGCGACCAUACCACACUAUCAUCCCUGGUCUGACUACCUACAGCGACGGUAGCCUGCACUCGGUGUAUGGUGUCAUGGGUGGCUUCAUGCAGCCACAAGGCCAUGUUCAGGUCCUACUGAACCAGGAAGUCUUCAAGCUCAACCCGCAAGCCGCGCUCGACUCCCCACGUUUCUGCAUCGGUGCGGGCAUGCCCAGCGCCGACGGCAAGAUGACGGAUGCGACAGUUUACCUCGAGGAGGGCAUCGACGCCAAGGUUGUUGAGGAAUUGAAAGCGCUGGGACACAACGUGCAGCAGCUCAGUGGCUAUGGCCGAGCCAUGUUCGGUCGCGGCCAGAUCAUUCGGAGACACACAGAUGAUGGCCUGACUGUGUGGAGUGGUGGCAGCGAUCUACGCGGUGAUGGUGCUGCUGUGCCACUGUAGACAUGUGUUGAUUGCUGACAGGUUUUGAAUACAUAGAACAUAUUGGAAAGUAGACCCAUUCAAGCUCUGGCUCACGUGACCCCUUGACAAUAUAAAACCCUACCAAUAUUUUGCAACGACUCUCCAACCACCGCUAAAUGACUUUCAGUUCUCAAAAGCAUCCCAUUCGUCUUAACGGAGUGUCUUUCUUCCCCCAAAAGAACAUCUCUGUACCAAUGAUGUGCGCCUCUUUUCUCUCCACCCCACUGCAUAAUCGAGAACCCUGCGUGAUCUUGUCCGACAAAAGCUUCUUCUCAUCC